GGCUCUGUUGAAGGAAUGGCAGCUGCUAGCGCAUUUAUGAAAGGGUUCCUGCAAAGUUAUGCCAGCAGGUUUGUGUCAAAGGAUACAAGAGCGUUUUGGGAAGAUGUGCAGGCCAUAAUGGGUGUGGAGCUUUUGAUUGAGGCAGGGAAGGGAAGGUGGAGUUCAAUUGAAGCAUGUGUGUGUGAAGGAGAGUGUUUGCUUGUGGAUGAGGAAGGGGUCAAAGAAAGGCAAAUUUGUGUGAAGAAGAUUGUGGAGGUUGGGAUCGAAUUAUUGGAGG